GCCAGGCCGGGCCUCCCUCUCCUCCUCCUCCGGCUGCUGCCCUUCUUCGCCCCUCAGCUGCCGAGCAGAGCCGGCGCGCCGGCGCCUCAGUCCGGGUCUCUCCGCCGUCGCCGCUGCCACCUCAGCAGCAUGUCGGGCCGGUCGGUGCGGGCCGAGACCCGCAGCCGCGCCAAGGAUGAUAUCAAGCGGGUGAUGGCGGCCAUCGAGAAAGUGCGCAAAUGGGAGAAGAAAUGGGUGACAGUUGGCGACACAUCCCUUAGGAUCUACAAAUGGGUGCCAAUAACAGAGCCCAAAGUAGAUGAUAAAGCCAAGAACAAGAAAAAGGGCAAAGAUGAAAAGUGCGGUUCUGAGGUGACGACCCCCGAAAACAGCUCAUCCCCUGGGAUGAUGGAUAUGCACGAUGACAAUAGCAACCAGAGCUCUAUAGCUGAUGCUUCCCCCAUAAAGCAGGAGAACAGCAGCAAUUCAAGUCCUGUGCCCGAGCAGAACUCAACAGGACAGGUAGACGGUCCUGGCUCAAAGUCGGACGAUACUCUGACGGAUGCAAAAGAAGAAGCUGGCUCAGAAGAUGCAUCUGAUGAACAGAAUUCACAGUCUUCAAUGGAGAAUUCCAUCAACAGUUCAGAGAAAGUUGAAACAGAGCCUUCAGCGGAAAAUGACACAACCACAGAGACAUCUAAAAACUCUCAGGACUCUGAAGGAGUGCCACCUCCUAAAAAGAUGAAAGUGGAGGCGCCCUCUCAACAAAAUAUGGAUGAAAUAUAAACUUUAGAUUUUUCCUGGGCGGUUUUUAUGUAAAGGUACAUCAAUGGGCUAAAUUGUCGAACAACCGUACAUAAGCAUCUUCUUCUCUUGGAUGAGGAGGGAACUCCUAUAAACUUUCCAAGUUACCAGGCGAAAAUCCAAGGAAAACGAAGCAAACGUUUAAAUCUCUUCAGACACUGAAAACUCUUUUUUUGUUCCCUGUGAAGCAAAACUGUUGAGCAUUUAAGUUACUGUCUCCGAAAUGGUUAGAGUAAACACUCAGGAGGGGUCGACGCACUGUUUCUAAUGUCAGAAUUACAAUUAUGCUGCUGAUGUAUUUUUUUUUUCUCCCAUUCUCUAUUUAACAUUAUAAGAUAUUUAAGAAUGGUACAGGUCAGGUAUUUCUCUUCACAUGUGAAGUUCACUGUUCUGAUGUGAUGUCUCUUCUUGUUUUGGGUUUUUUUUUUGUGUGUGUGUGCCUUGUGUCCCAAAAUGGAAAAAAAAAACAAACAAAAAAAACAAAGCAGAGCUAAUUCUGCAAAUUUCUCCUUUGCAAAGUGGCCUGUUUGUACAAUGCCAUAUAAAAUACGUUCCAUUGUUGUUUUUUUUAAACAAAUACUCUGGUGCUUACUGUCCUGAUAAGAGAUAACAUGAGAGAAAUUAAGAAGCCAUUUUCACAGUUGGAGGGUGGGGUGGAUGCUCACCGAUGUUGAUUUUCCUGUACCUCCAGGGCUCACUUCCUUUUUUGAAUGCAGCGUUUCAAGUAUAAAUGUUUUAAGUAAGUAAAUCUCUCCUGCACUACCUUGUGUGCCCCCCCCCCUUUCUUGGUUUUACAGACUUUUCGUAGUGGAAUAAUGCAUCUACAAGGCUGCCCAAUGUAGCCUUCUUAAAAUUGAUCGACUGGUUUCUGAUGUUUACUUAAAUUAGGGUUUAUUUGGUUACAAAAGCAAAUUAUGCAUUUUAAGGACUUGAAUCUGGAAAUCCGUAUUUGAGCCUUCUUGUGGCUUCGUUACAAAUGGAUUCAAACUGAAUGGCAGGUGCAAGUUUUGAAUAGAUCCAUUCUCCAAUCAUUUUUAAAGAUUCAACUGGAUUUCACCCUUUUGUUCUUUCACAAGAUGUUGACUGUUGUCCAACAUUUGUGUACUUGAGGCUCCUUUGUCUCAAGAUCUGCUUGUAAAUACAGCUUUGUGAUUUUCGGAAUCUCGUUCAGACAGCUGUGUCCCGUGCACACUUGACUUGGCCACAGAAGUUGGUUUAAUGUAGCAGCUGAAAAGGGCUAAGUGGCUUACACAUUUGGGGUGCUCUUAUGCCAGUUGCUGGGGGCAAAAAUCUUGUGAAAUCAACACAGCUUCAUUCGCAACAGAUUUGCACUUUGUCGUUUUCCAAUGGGGCUACGUUGCGGCUGGGCUUGCUAGAUUACACACGGAGAUUUGCACACUUAAGGCCUGGAUAAGCUCCUACAACUCCUUUGGGUAAGUGGGAAUAUUCUCUGCCUUUAGGAGAAAUGCUUAUAAAACGUAAAAGGCAACACAUGAGAACAAAUGCUUUUUGUCACAACUAUAAAACAGUUACGCGUAGUUUGCUAUAGUGGAAUGAGUGGGUGGCUUUUUUUAAAAAAAAGAAGCUUCCAAUCCAGACACUUCCCUUAAUAAUUGCUCGUUUGAAAAAUACGUAUUUCUGAUUUCUCCAAUGGUGAAAAUGGUUUUAGUUUUGACUACUGUAUAGCAUUUGCAAUUAAUUAUGGGAAAAAAAAAAGGUUGGGCGAAGUGAAAGUGUCAAUUCUGACCUUCCAUCCAAUGUUUGUAGAGGCGUUAAAUGCAUAGAAAGAGGCCAUGCAUUCAAAUCUGGGAAGAUCUCAUUUUUGUGUUGAAAUAAAUAUUUGCAUCUCAUCAAAAUUAAUUUUUUUCUUGCAAAUUAUUCACGACAGCAGUGUGCUUCUUAGAAAGUCUCUUUGUGCCUGGAUCACAGAUUCCUUAAUUAUCUGAAAGAGACAUUAUUUGCACAAUAAUGCAGAAUUAAAUGCUAAAGUGAUAUGGUUUUUUCUUUUCUCUCAUUGGUGUAUCUGCUUCAGACAUGGCGAUGACUGGUUAAAUCGCAGUUAGUAUGGACAUGACAUCCAUGUUUAACCAGGGUUUGUGGGGUUUUCUUGGGGGGACACGUCAACUGAUCUAUGAAAUAGACAAAUAUAUUUUUUGAACUUUAAAAAAAAAUUGUAAAUUAUGUAGCUUUUAAUUGAUCACUCAAACGGUCCAUGGCUCUGAAACCACCCUGUCCAAUAGUCGCUGUCUAUAAAAGCUUCGAUUUUUGUGGUUGUGCUUUAAUGUGGUUUUUUUUUUUUUUUACAGUUUCCAAGGAAGCAAGUAGGCUUUUCUUUUUUCUUUAAUUUCAAAGCUGAAUCCUGUACUUAAACGGAUAAAGUAUAUAUAGAUAUAUAUAUAUAUAUAAAAAUAGCACUAAAAUACCUCAACCAUUUCAUUUGGUAGAAAAGAUCUUAUUGGCAUUGCUGACAUUUGAUAAAAGUGUAGUGAUAAAACUGGCUUCUUGAUCUCUCCCGUGGCCUAUUGCGGCCGAUUUUCCGUGAACUUGAGAUGGAAUUCUGCAGCAGGAAAAAAACGCUCAGGAGUUAACUUUGAAAGAAUAGCGGUCAUUUUGUCCUUCCACGGCUCAGAAGAAGAAGAAAAAAAAACCAACCCAAACCAGCAUUCCCAGAGCUCUCGAAUGAUGAUUUGAACCUCUAUCCCCAACAAAGGCUGAGAGAGUUGAGUUGUACAAAUGAUUCCUAUUAAUGUCUGUGUGCACCAGAUGGGGAGGGAGGGGGAAAUCAUACAGGCCAGAUAGGCAGAAUUGUACGAUGGUGUCUAGAUAGUGUUUUGUGGUUUUUGUUUUUGUUUUCUUUUCGAAGUGCCUAAUAACACAGACAGGCCCUUCGGUCGUGCAGCUUGUUCACGCUUUGAACCGUUGGAAAGUUUAGGGUUCAGAACCAGCUGUUCAGGGUGUAUGUGGGGAGGGUCUCCAUCUCUUCAGACCUGGUCCCAGAUCCAGCUUCUUGGUCUGCCUUUACUGGGACUCGGUUUCAGCAACUGGUUUUGAUUGCAGAUCCUAAGUUUGGGGGGGGGGGGUAUUGAGAUUUUGCAUCACAGUGACUGGAAAUUCUCAUGUGAAUAAAACACAGUCCUCCGCCAGGCCCGCGGAGGGAGGGGUGUGUGAAUUGUGCAGCCCCCAUCGUGACGGGUCAUAUCCAGCGUUAGUCAGAAAUACAGUGCAAAGAGUUGAAACGUGCUUCCUAACCUACAUUCUGGUUAUUUGGCCCUCGAAGCAGGCAGACAUAAGCUAGCAAGGCAAAUGAACUGACUUUGAUUCUAGAUGGAAGCUAUAGGAGCAGGCAGAUUAAUAUUUUUUUUUAUAGCCGAACUGUUUGUUUCUGAAAUUCAUAACGUUUUGGGGGAAGAAUUGUUAAAAACAUUCCAAAAAAGUGCGGGCACUUUAAGAACAACAAAAUAACGAGGCAGCAUAAAACGGACUGGCUUGAUGGGCGGGUGGGAGAUGGGUACUGCAAGGGGCUCGCUUUCUUCACCCUGAAACAUGGAUAUUCUUUAUACGGUAUCUCGAGGCCCGCUAGCGAGGUGUAAAGGAUUUUGUGGGUUUCCUUUUUUUUUUCCCCUUGAUUUUUUUUUUUUUAAAAAGAAAUACCUAAUAGGGUUUUUUUUCCCCUCCACCUUCAAUGAUUUUGUGUGUGUUGUACAGCAAUACAAUUUUUUCCCACUUAUUUAUUCCAUCAGUAGCUAUGGUUUGUACAAUGUACAAUGAUUUCAUUUAGAAAAAUAAAAACUUAAAAAUUCCGACA